AUUAAGACCCCCAGAAGGAACAUGCUGAAGAAAGUAUACGGCAGCAGUCUGAAGGACCCUGUUGGGGUGUACUGUCGGGUGCGCCCAGUACCAGAUGCAGAGUGCUGCAUUGAUGUGAUCAGCCGCACCACUGUCCAGGUUCACCCGCCCGACGGAUACCGCAGCAUCCGCAACGGGGAGUAUAAAGAGGUGCAAUAUUCAUUUAAAGAAGUGUUUGGCCCCAACAUCUCUCAAAGAUGGGUUUUUGAUACAGUCGCUAAACCUCUCGUAGAGGACCUCAUCCAUGGAAAAAAUGGUCUCCUUUUUACAUAUGGUGUUACGGGGAGCGGGAAAACGCACACAAUGACAGGCUCCCCGGGCGACGGUGGGCUCCUUCCCCGGUGUUUAGACAUGAUCUUCAACAGCAUAGGGCCACUCCAGGCCAAACGAUAUGUUUUUAAGCUUGAUGAAAAGAAUGGGGUUGAGGUUCAGUGUGAGGUUGAUGCGUUGCUCGAACGGCAGAAGAGGGAAGCUCUGCCGGUUCCAAAAACUCCAUCUGGCAAGCGGCAAAUAGACCCUGAAAUUGCUGAUAUGAUCAAUGUUCAGGAUAACUGCAAGCUGGAAGAUGUCGAUGAAGAUAACGUUUACAGCAUCUUUGUCUCUUACAUUGAGAUUUAUAACAACUAUAUCUAUGAUCUACUGGAUGAAGCUCCUUUUGAUCCCAUCAAACCAAAGUGGAACAGCUGUGGCACUCCGGUGCGAAACGUUGACUUUAUGCCUCCACAGUCCAGAAUACUCCGGGAGGAUCAGAACCACAACAUGUAUGUUGCGGGAUGCACCGAAGUAGAAGUGAAAUCCACAGAGGAAGCUUUUGAAGUCUUCUGGAGAGGCCAAAAGAAGCGACGCAUUGCCAACACUCAGCUGAAUCGUGAAUCCAGCCGUUCGCACAGCGUGUUUCUAAUUAAAUUAGCCCAGGCUCCACUGGAUGCAGGCGGAGACAAUGUUUUGCAGGAGAGGGACCUGAUAACCUUGAGCCAGCUUUCUUUGGUCGACCUGGCAGGCAGCGAAAGGACAAACAGAACCAAAGCAGAAGGCAGCCGAUUACGUGAAGCAGGGAAUAUUAAUCAGUCAUUAAUGACGCUAAGAACCUGUAUAGAAGCUCUGCGAGAGAACCAAACCUACGGGACCAACAAGAUGGUCCCCUAUCGAGACUCCAAACUGACCCACCUUUUCAAGAACUACUUUGAUGGAGAAGGAAAAGUGCGGAUGAUUGUCUGUGUGAACCCGAAGGCCGAAGACUAUGAUGAGAGUUUGCAAGUGAUGAGGUUUGCGGAGAUCACCCAAGAAGUGGAGGUGGCAAGGCCUUUUGACAAGCCGCUGUGUGGGUUAACCCCUGGGCGCCGGUUUAAGAAUCAGGCCUUCAGGGAGGAGCUUUCACGGCAGCUGGAAAUCCGAGGUGGCCCAAUCUAUGGGGAUCAAGAGCAGUCUCUCACAGAGAGGCUCUUGCAGAGCUUUCCUGCGAUGCCUUCCUGUGAGCUUCUAGACAUCAAUGAUGACCAGACCCUUCCUCGGCUUAUUGAAGUGCUCGAGAAGCGCCACAGCAUCCGGCAGAGGCUAACAGAAGAGUUCACCAAAAAUGUGCGUUUUGUGAAGGGCCUGCUGCAGGACCUGGACGCCAGCCUCCUCUCCAAGGAGAACCAUGCCCAGGCAAAAAUGGCUGAAAAAGACAAAACGAUCGGAGGGCAAAAAACCGAGAUCGAGCGGCUGGAGAAGAAAGCGAAAACUCUGGAAUAUAAGAUCAACAUCUUGGAGAAAACGACGGCCAUUUAUGAAGAGGAGAAGCGCAACCUGCAGCAGGAGCUGGAUGCCAAGGGCCAGAAGCUGCAGCGCCAGGCUUCCGAGAAGCGGCGGCUGGAAACGCGGCUGCAGGGCAUGGUGACGGAGACCACGAUGAAAUGGGAGAAGGAAUGCGAGCGGCGGGUGGCAGCCAAGCAGCUCGAGAUGCAGAACAAGCUCUGGGUGAAAGACGAGAAGCUGAAGCAGCUGAAGGCGAUCGUCACUGAGCCCAAGAGUGGCAAGCCAGAGAGGCCUUCUCGGGAGAAGGACCGGGAGAAAUUCCUGCCGCGUUCGUUGUCGCCUCCGCCGGUCCCUUUUUCUAGUAACUGUGUCGUCACUCAGCUCCCUGCCCACCCGCCUGCCACAAGUGAGCCACAGCUGCACAGGCGCUCUAACUCGUGCAGCAGCAUUUCCGUGGCCUCCUGCAUCUCGGAAUGGGAGCAGAAACGGCCUGCCCAUGGCAGCAAGUACCCCAGUGGCGGCGGCAUGCCCACGGCCAGGAGUAGGCUGCAGGAGCAAGAGCCAGCUAGGCCCUGUGCCAUGGCAGAGAGGAGGCGGGGCAUGCACUGGACCGGAGCCCUUGAGGUCCCCAGCGGUAGAGAGGUGCUAGAGGUAGGGUCAGAGCUACUCCCAGCCAACGCUCCGCCAGUCCAUCUCCGGCACCGGCGCUCUCGCUCGGCUGGGGAGAGGUGGGUGGACCACAAGCCAUCCUCCAACAUCCAGACAGAAACGGUCAUGCAGCCCCAUGUGCCCCACGCCAUCACCGUGGCGGCUGCCAACGAGAAAGCCCUGGCAAAGUGUGACAAGUACAUGCUGACCCACCAGGAGCUGGCUUCCGACGGGGAGAUUGAGACGAGGUUGAUCAAGGGUGACGUUUUUAAGACCAGAGGCGGUGGCCAGGCAGUCCAGUUCACAGAGAUUGAGACCCUGAAACAGGAAUCGCCAACUGGUCGAAAGCGGCGAUCAUCUCCCUCAAAUCCUGCUCCACCAAAUGAUGCUACCGAGUCAGGAUGGACGGAUAUAGAAACACGAUGUUCUGUUGCAGUGGAGAUGAAAGCCGGCUCAACCCUCGGACCCGGGUACCAACAUCAUGCUCAGCCCAAGGUGGCACCUUUAGAAGGCUGCACUUGGCCUUCCAAGGCCACGAAGGGCCUUGGAGUGUGUCUGCAGAACGGGCACGACUCGUGUGCCCUGCCUGGCCCUGUGGGCACCUUUGGAGUUCUGACGCAGUGGGGUGGGCACAGCCCCAACAUGGAUGCCACAGGAGGCGGAGCCAGCCCCAACAUGCCUGCCACAUCUUACCUUCAGUCGCACAGUGCUACCGGAGAUGUGGGUCUGCCUGCCGAGGCCUCCUCAGAUGAGGAAGAGACGGAGGAAGCUGGCCCCCGCCCUUGGAGGCCUCAGGAAGACCCACUUGACAAGGCGGAGACUCUGUCCAGUGCAGAGGAGGCUCUCAGGCCGAAGUCAGCUCGCCACACCCUCUGGCUUGUGGCCCGGGAUCCAAAGCUGAAGUAG